AAAUAACAACAAAAAUAAAAAAGCUGCUGAUAAAACGUCGAAUAAGAGAACAAAUCAAAAAUACCUAUGAAAAAAUUUCUAAAAUACAAAAAAAACUGAAUUAUCAAUUAUAAUAAACUCACUAACACGCCAAAAUGGAUGAGGAGGAUGCCGCAACAGUUGAUCAGUAUCAAACGCUUGUGCGUUAUAAUAACCCGGUGUUGGUAGUUAAACAUCCAGAUAAAAAGGGAACGCCUACAGAUAUUGAACUAAAACGGCCUCUAACAGCUGGCGCCUUGCUGGAUACCAAGCGCGAAACAGAGGAAAUAUUGAAUUCGAUAUUACCACCGCGAUGUUGGGAAGAGGAUGGUCAGUUGUGGCAACAAACGGUAUCAAGCACGCCAGCUACACGUCAGGAUGUGAUCAAUCUGCAAGAGAUGCUCGAUACCAGACUUCAGCAAACUCAGGCUCGUGAAACUGGCAUAUGCCCCAUACGCAGAGAAUUAUAUUCGCAGUGCUUCGAUGAAAUCAUACGACAGGUGACCAUCAAUUGCUCCGAGCGUGGUCUACUAUUGUUGCGUAUACGCGAUGAAAUCAGCAUGUCUAUGGAAGCAUACGAAACACUUUACUGCAGUUCGGUGGCAUUUGGCAUGCGUAAAGCCUUACAAGCACAUGAAGAGAAAGAAAUGCUACGAGACCGUGUUAAAAACUUGGAAUUAGAAAAGGAAACACUUGAGGAUAUAAUAAAUGAUAUGAAGAUCAAACAAGAGCAAACAGAACGUCGGAAUGCUGAAUUACGUGCGUCUGAAGAGAAGAAAUACGCAGAAGAAGUGGCAUUCCUCAAGAAGACCAAUACACAACUCAAGGCUCAGCUGGAAGGUAUUACCGCGCCAAAGAAGUGAACUACGUAAUACUUUCAUAAUUUUAUACCCGUGCAAUGUAGCAAGAAAUUUUGUGCAAUUAUCUUUUUUAUGUAUUUUUGUGUAAUAAAAUGUUUUUUUUUAUAUUAAAA